AUGGAAAUCUUCACCGUGGAUAAAGAAGUUACUGUGAUGCGUACUCCAGAUGCAACAUUUGCAGGACCAUAUAGCGUCACAGACUGUACCAGCUAUGAAUUCAGUGAAAGUGACUAUGUUCAAAAGCAUCACUUGAGGAACCUGCAUUGGUACAAGUGUGCAAGAGUGAGUGGGAGCUCAGAUGCGUGCUCCUGUUACUAUGGUUUAGCAUUGAAGGGCCAAGUCAUUGAGCACUCUCAGGACUUCGUCUCCCAGAUGCUGGAAGGCUACUUCCACACUGAAAAUACAAAGGAUAUUCUCGUGAUAUAUGAACAAGAAGCAGAAGAGUGGGCUUUGUAUUUAAAAUCUCUUUUUGGACACAUAGUGAAUGAAGGAGGAAUCUUACUCUACAAUCUAGAGACUUCAUCUUUCAAGCACCAGGAGCUAUUCUCUUUACACUGUUAUAAAUGUAAACUCCUGAUACUAUCGUGUGGACUUCUUAACUGCCUGAAUCGAAAGAGAAGUUAUUUUCUGGAGCAGGUUCUAAAACCUCCGGAUAAUGUGGUGAUUCUGCUUUGUGGGGUGGAGAAUUCAGAGAUUCUUUAUGAGAUACUGACCCUAGAUGGAGGCAGCAAGGAGAUUUCCACUGAUCAGGAACCUGAGGAAUAUCUCUCUGUUGUUACUGGAAUUAUUCAACCAGGUAAGCCACAGAAUGAAAAUCCUGGAGACUCUUUGUCUUAUAUCUAUGAAGCAGUUCUUGCAGACGAUCACCAGACUAGCUCUGACAUUAACUUGUCAGAUGUCAGGGGAGCGUCAGAAAAAGCAGACCUCAGUUUUAAAACAAAGGUGCUUUCUGAAACAUUAGAAACUAACGAGCAGUCGAUUCUGGUGCUUCCGGGAAGAAUAUCAUGUGAGAACCCUGGUGAAAUAUUCGUUUUGUUGAAAGAUGAAAUAGAUGAUGAAACUUUAGAAAUUGAAUUCAUAGCAGAUAAUCAACGAAUUAGGACACAGCCAACCUCUUGGAAUAACAAGGUCAAGUACAUGAAAGCCUUAGAUUUUCCUGCUGGCCCUGUAUAUGUAAAUGUCUACUGUGGGGGAGUCAUUAAGACCACAGCGCAGAUUGAGUAUUAUACCGCACUAGAAGAGAUUGAGCACAUUUUUAAGAAAGUGGCUGACCCAAUAGCUUUCACUUGUCAGGCUUUUAAAUUUUCUUCUGUAGAGAAGCUGGACAGUGUUCUGACUUUGUUAUUGAAAAGUAAAAUAUCUACUUAUGAAUUCAUGUCAUGCCAAAGUGAAGAAGAGAACCAUCAACAAGCUAAUAGCCAUUUGGAAGAAUUUCCUACUCUCCUUCACUGUGCAGCCAGAUUUGGAUUAAAGAACCUUGCAACGUUUCUGCUCAAUUGUCCUGAGGCCACACAGGCUUGCAAAAUAACCAACAAAUAUGGAGAUGAUCCAGCAAGUAUCGCUGAGAAGAACGGGCACAGGGAACUAAGAAAAUUAAUCAAAGAAUUAUCAAACGAAAUUACAGAUAAGUUUACCAAUUGCGAGGAGGAAGAAGACUACGAUGACACUUAUGUGCUUAUGUUAGGCUCAGAAAAUCAACCAGCCAUGACAUUAAAAGCCAAGCAGAACCCAGGAGAUCAAUAUGGAAUUGGAUCAAGAUGCCAACAAGAAGCUGAAGCGGAUGAGGAAAAGAAAGAUGAUGUAGAAGACAGCAGAGAGGAGACAGAAUACGAAGAUCAAGAAGAGGAAGAUUCAUACAGAUUUCACAACAGUCCUGACAAUUUGUAUGCCAGCAUACCUGAUGAUCUCGAAGAAAACAGGAGAGACUUCUUCUUCUGUAAGAGGCCACCCCCUCCUCCCCCUCGAAAUCUGCCUGGCAUCCUAAGACAGGACGAUCUGCACAAUUUGUCUCAAGAGGUGAAUGUUGUGGAGGACAGAAAUGAAAGAGGACGUGGUGAUGGACUCAUAACAGCAUGCUACAGAGAAGACCAAGAUACGUGCGAGGGAGACAGCGAGGAGGAACACCCGUACACUUUUGCAAAAUUGGAUGAAUCUGUAUACGAUUUCAUACUGGCUGAGAAAGAGGAGAAAAGGAAAGAAGACAGGUCUUUCAUCAUGAACAGGCCACCAGCCCCUGCGCCUCGUCCCGUAUGUUCAGCAGUCAAAGAGGAGAACACUCCCUAUAUAGUACAAGUGUUUCAGCAAAAGACCGCUCGAGUGCCCAGUGGCAACAACAGGACGUACUGCGAUACCAGAAAGCCUGGACUCAUCCACUUGCAGGAACAGGUGAAAAAGGGGGCAAUUUCCGUGGAUGAAGCCCUUGACAGAUUUAAACAGUGGCAGAAUGAAAAACAGAGACUACAGUCCACUCAACAGUCUCCAACUAGGAACCCAACAGACAAGGAACAGAUGCCUAAUUAA